AUGAGGGAUGUCUGGCAGAAACUAAAAAGAGUGAAGCAGGCUAUGAAGGUCUUAAACAAUAAUGAGUAUACUGUUGUUGGUGACCAGAUCAAGGUAUGCAGGCAAAGACUAAUUGGUUUACAAGAACAAAUGAAGGUUCCUGGUCAAUAUGACGCCCUAAUAGCUGAUGAAAAAGAACUGAAAGUACAGUUGGAGAACCGGUUAGGGGUGGAGGAAAGUAUUAUGAGGUGGAAGUCAAGAGUAAAAUUAUUAAAGCUAGGUGAUGCCAACACAUCAUAUUUCUUUGCAAGUAUGAAAAACAGAUGCAUCCAGAACAAAAUCAGAAGACUAGUAAAGUGUAAUGGGGAUACAGUGCAAACAAGGCAGGGAAUUGAGGAGCAAGUGAUAGAGUUCUACCAACAACUAUUAUGUUCCUCGGCAAAUGAGUUGCUUGCUAUUAAUCCAGCUGUCAUGAGAGAUGGUCCUAUGGUGAACAGAGUGCAACAAAUGCAACUGAAAAUAGAGGUAUCAAAGGAGGAGAUAUAUCAUGCUCUAAAAGGUAUAAGUGAUAACGAAGCCCCUGGAUGCGAUGGCUUCAAUGCUCUAUUCUUCAAAAAAGCUUGGCCUGCAAUAGGAGACACAAUUACAGAUGUAGUAAUGGAGUUCUUCUCAAGUUCAAUGACGAGGCCAAUGUGUAUUGGAAUUUUCUGCUCGUACUCUGUCAAAUUCUAA